AUGCCCAAUGAAGAAGGGUACGAGCUCCGUACGCCUCUCCGGGGCGAAGACGAUGAGCCCCUUUUACCACGAUACGAGCGAACUACGCAUUCCGACUCCUCCCAUCAUACCUCUCAUGCUCAACAAUUAUCGAGGCAGCUAGAGAUCAGACGACAUUCAAGGUUCAGACGAGCAGUGUCAUGUCUCUGCCUCGCUCUGUUCAUUGUUAUUCCCUCCUUUGGACUCGCUGGAUGUUGGUUCGGUCGAGAAGCUAUCAAUAGAGCCAAGCAGUGGGAACAACUACCAGAGGAAUGGAAGAGCUGGUUGAAUCAGAUCGCUCCUGGUAAAGCGGCUCCUGAUCCAGGCAACUUCCCAGUUGACGUGGGAUAUGCUGGACCCACUCCGACAGGAAACGAAGCCAAUCUCAUGGCUACUGCUCCCUCUCUACCCAUGUUCACAGGUGUCAGCCCCCUCGUACCACCCGAUUCAGCAAGAGGAUCGUUCAACAUUAUGCAAUAUUGGGGAAACCUCAGUCCAUAUUUUUCAGUCGACUCGCACGGCUUACCAGAAGCUCAACGAGUCACCCCGGAGACCUGUCAAGUCGAGUCACUACAUUGGCUCCAGCGUCACGGUGCGAGGUAUCCUACGACAAUGCCCGGCGGACCGGAAGGCUUCGCUAGGCGGAUGAGGGAAGUGUCAGGAUGGGAAGCUCAUGGAGACUUAUCGUUCCUGAAUGACUACACGUAUCAGCUGGGAAGAGAGAUUCUCACACCGUUCGGAAGGCAACAGCUCUUCAACCUCGGCGUCGCUGCUCGGCUUAAGUAUGGUCAUUUGCUCGAAAAAAUGAAUGGUCGACUGCCCGUCUUCCGAACAGAGUCCCAAGAUCGUAUGCUCCGGUCUGCUCAAAACUUUGCAACGGGCUUCUUUGGCUACCCUGCGGAGUCUCAAUACAAUCUCGAAGUUAUGAUCGAAUCUCCAGGCUUCAACUGUUCUCUCGCUCCCUGGGGCGCGUGCGAUCUUUCCUACGAUGACAGCCAACGAUCAGGGUGGGAGAAAAUGCACGCCUGGGAGAACGUCUUUCUUGAGGAUGCCAGAGAGCGAUUGAAUGGUCUGAUCACAGGCUACGACUUUAGCAUCGCCGAUGUGGCGGACAUGAUGGACACGUGUGCCUACGAGACUGUCGCACUUGGCUACUCGUCCUUUUGCACUUUGUUCACUGUCCGCGAAUGGAGAGGAUACGAGUACAGGAAUGACAUUUCAUGGUGGUACACUGCGAGUUUCGGAUGGCCGUAUGCCAAGCCGUUAGGCAAAGCGUGGUUGCAGGAGCUCGUCUCGAGGUUGACACAUACCCGAAUCACCGAUUUCGAUUCUGCCAUCAAUUCCACACUACACGAUGAUAUACACUUCCCAUUGAACGAUGUGUUGCACUUUGACUUUACCCAUGAUACACUCUUCGCCAUCCUACUCUCCGCCAUGAACCUUACUACAUUUGCCGAAUCGGGAGACCCACCGGUCGAUCGCAUGCCAAAGCAUCGAUCAUUUAUCGCUGCAAAGUGUGUCCGAUUUCCCUUCAUCCAAGUUUUAUCAUGUACGGAUCAAGCUGCCAAACAGAUCCGACUCAUCUGGAACGAUGCGCCGGUGCCCCUUGUCGGGAUUCGCAAUUGUCCAGAUGAUGAAGAGGGGCUAUGUCCCCUCGAGACAUUCGUAGCGGGUCUACAAGAGUUGAUCGACGAGACGGAUUUCCAAGCUGCCUGUGGGCCCAAGAGUUAA